AUGGUCCUCUUUAGCAAACUUGCUCUCGCGGCCGCCUCCAUCGCAGCCGUCUCUGCUGCUCCAUGGGAGCCGUCGGUCAAACUUUCCACCCACCGUGCUCGAGCUGUCUCUGACAAUCUGACGAUCGAGUCUUUUCAUCCAACGACUAUUUAUGAAACAUACGAAACUGGCAUUACCACCCCUCUCAAGAAACGUGGGGAUAAUUCUGGCACUAUCGAACAGUCUGCCGCAUCCUUCGUCGAGGAGAAACUCCAACUGAGCAACGGGGAAUAUAACAUUCGCUCCUCAGCCAACACAGAAACAGGUGGAAGCGUAUGGAUUCAGCAGCUCGUAAAUGGUAUUCCUGUAGCCAACGCAGUGGCCAAUGUUGCUCUCAACACAGACAAGGACGUCGUCGCGUUUGGUGCCAAUUUCCACGGUACCAGUGGCUCUCGUCGCGCUGCCAACAUCGCACCUCCCACACCAAACAUCUCCAAGGAACAAGCCAUCACCUCUGCUGAGGAGAAACUCCACGGCAAGCACAACGACAAGGCCCCGACCUUAGAAUACUACGUCAAUCAGGAUGGCAGCCUUGCCCUCACAUAUGUUGUAGAAGUUCAGACGGAGGAUGGCAAUCAUUGGUACGAAGCAUUUGUUGACGCAUCGAGCGCGCAGGUUGUCGCAACCAACGACUUUGUGGCGGGCGCAUCAUAUCUCGCCGUCGACCCCCGUGUGCAGGAUGUUACCAAAGGCUACAAGACAUUCACAAGCCCAGCGGACACUACUGCCUCUCCAAACGGGUGGCAUAAAGUCGGCUCGACUGUCUCUACGGACACCUCUGGCAACAAUGUCAUCUCGUACAAGGGUUCGACCACUGGAACGACCAAGCAAAGCGCUGCGGGUCAAGUCUUCAACUACCGAUAUGACACCACCGUUGGACCAACGUCUGGAGCCAAUGUCGAUGCUGCUAGAGUCAAUACGUUCUUCCUUUCCAAUAAGAUCCACGACAUCAACUAUCGUUAUGGAUUCACCGAGAAGACAUUCAACUUCCAGAAUGAUAACUUUGGCAAAGGUGGCGCUGGGAACGACCGCAUCAAGAUCUCGGUUCAAGAUGGAUCUGGUGUCAACAACGCCAACUUUGCCACUCCAGCUGAUGGCAGCUCUGGCCUGAUGAGGAUGUAUAUUUGGAAUCGAAGCACUCCUAACCGCGACGGCGAUCUUUCAAAUGAUGUUAUUGCACACGAACAGACUCACGGCACGACUAACCGCAUGACCGGGGGUGGCACUGGUCGUUGCCUCCAAACAACCGAGUCUGGUGGAUUGGGCGAGGGGUGGAGCGACGCUUUUGCCGAAUGGCUCGAGCACAAGGACAGCAGUGUGCCCGACUGGGUUCUUGCGGCGUGGGUGUACAAUAACCCAAAGGGCCUUCGCACCUAUCCUUACUCCACGAGCGCUUCGGUGAAUCCUCUUAGGUAUAGCAGCCUUGCUACUUUAACAGAAGUUCAUGCUAUUGGUGAAGUCUGGGCAAACAUUCUGCAUAAUGUCUAUGCAAAGCUCGUUGGCUCACACGGAUUCGCCAGCGACGCGUUUACCAAUCCCAAUUCGAGCGCUGGAAACGUCGUAUUCCUAAGACUAUUCUAUGACGCUCUCCUCCUUCAGCCUUGCAACCCGACUAUGGUACAAGCCCGUGCUGCGUGGAUCCAAGCAGAUGCGAGCCGCUAUAAAGGCAAGCAUAAGUGCACGCUUUGGAAGGCGUUUGCCUCGCGUGGUCUCGGUUCAGGAGCUGUAUCGGGAACGUACAAGGAUUCGACGACGGUGCCAUCUGGGUGCUGA